UCAUUUCUUCUUUCUAAAAAGCCAAUACGCUGUCUUUCCCUCCUCUCACCGGCGAGUAAAACACGGCCCCUGUUUUUUUUACAAAACACCGAUUUGCUUUUUUAGGGUUUAGUCCAACUCCAAUUCACUAUCUCAGAUCUCACCUAUUAUCUCUCUACAGUCACUUCUUGUGGUCCUGUUCUUCAAUUUUCAAAUCACAUCAAUCUUAAAAAAAAAAACAAACGUUUUUAUUUUAUUUUAUCAAUUUCGAAUAUUGUGAUCAAUGUGAUUUGCUUCAUUGAAGCUAUUCAGAGACCAAUCUGCAUCAAAACUACGGUUUCUUUUUCUUAAUCUCUGGAUCAAAGUUGAAUCAGAGACUUCAUUAAUGGCAGUGACUGCUUACCAUGAAGGUUGAGAGUUUAGCGGUGUCGUUCGUUUUCGGAAGCGUUGUCCAUGGCGGCAUCCAGGAAUUUCGUGGUGGAGAUUGGGCGGUUGAGGGAUGAAGAGAAUGGGGAGGAUUCGCCUCCGAGCAAGAAGUCGAUCGGCGCGAAGUUGGAGGGGAAGUUUCCGUUGACGCGGUGGGAAUUCACGGCCGCUUUGGGUGUGUUUUUGAUCUUCUCCACCGGGUUGUUCUGCAUAUACCUAACAAUGCCAGCUGCGGAGUAUAGUAAACUCAAGCUGCCCCGUACAGUUUCGGAUCUUCGAAUGCUCAAGCAUCAUCUUGCAACAUAUGCUAAAGCUUUCCCAGCAAAAUUCAUUCUUGGAUACUGUUCAACAUACAUAUUCAUGCAGACAUUUAUGAUUCCCGGCACCAUUUUCAUGUCAUUGUUAGCUGGAGCUCUCUUUGGCGUUAUCAGAGGCCUUUUCUUGGUUGUUUUUAAUGCCACGGCUGGAGCAUCAUCUUGCUAUUUUCUGUCCAAGUUAAUAGGCAGGCCCAUAGUUCACUGGUUGUGGCCUGACAGGUUGAGAUUUUUUCAGGCAGAGAUAUCAAAGCGUAGGGAAAAGUUGCUGAAUUACAUGCUUUUUUUGAGGAUUACUCCAACCUUGCCCAACCUUUUCAUCAAUCUGGCAUCUCCAAUUGUGGAUAUACCAUUUCAUGUUUUCUUUCUGGCAACAGUGAUUGGACUUAUUCCAGCUUCAUAUAUCACUGUCAGAGCUGGCCUUGCUCUUGGGGAUCUGAAGUCAGUCAAAGAUCUGUACGAUUUCAAGACCUUAUCUGUGCUUUUCCUCAUUGGAUCUGUCAUUAUAAUUCCUACCCUCUUAAAGAGGAAGCGAGUGUAUGAAUAAUAGCCACCGGCUGGCUCCCUCCGCUUUAUUAAUCAAAGGGAGCUUGAGAUGAUUACUACUUGACUGUAACACAGAUUAUAGGACACAAGAAAGAAUUAAGGUGCACGACCCUUGUUGUCUAGAUAACCUUAAGGCAGGAUGUGUCUUCAUCUUUGCUUGUGAUACACACCAGUUGAUUACUCGCCCUACAAAAGCACAAAAAGCAGAUGUAUUCCUUCAUUUGAUUGUUUCUGUAUGUUAAUCCGUAUGAUCUCCCAGUAGGGAUUAUAUGGGAAUUCUGGACUAUAGGUGUACUAUGGAAUGUUGAUAGUAGCAUCUCUAUACACGAUGAUUUCUGAUUGAAUUGUUAGAGCCAUUUCGGUCAUGUAUUAGGAAAAGGAUAUAUAUUUAAACACCUUCGUGUGGCCAUUCGUUUCA